GGAGUAUGGUGGGGACUUCCUGAGGGCCAGGAUGUCCUCCCCAGCCCUGAAGGCAGGAGCUUCUGGAAAGGUGACAGACUUCAACAAUGGCACCUACUUGGUCAGCUUCACUCUGUUCUGGGAGGGCACAGUGGCCCUGUCUGUCCUGCUCAUCCAUCCCAGUGAAGGGGUGUCAGCUCUCUGGAGAGCAAGGAAACAGAGCUACGACAGAGUCAUCUUCACCGGCCGGUUUGUAAAUGGAUCCUCUCAGGUCCACACUGAGUGUGCCUUGGUUCUAAACUCAAGUGUCGAGCUGUGCCAAUAUCUGGACGCCCAGGACCAAGAAGCGUUCUACUGUGUGAAGCCUCCAAAUGUACCCUGUGCAGCUCUUACCCACAUGAAAUCAAAAAACAAGGAAGUUUCCUAUCUUAGUCAGCAAGAGAGGAGCCUCUUUGAAAGGUCUAAUAUAGGUGUGGAGAUUAUGGGAAAAUCCAAUGUGAUUAGUGUCUCCAAAUGCAACAGUAAGUGGUUCUGUGCUUGGCGGGCGGUGCUUAACCCUGAUCCAUUUAAAGGUCCUUCUCUCUCUGCUGGGCUUGGUCACUGUCUCUGUUCUCAUAAGGUGGGCCAAGGCACAAAGUCCGGAGAGAAGGAGGACAGAGAAUACAGUAUCAGAUUCCAUAUGUUUAUACAACUCCAAACACCAGAUUUUUUUCUCCUGUAUGUGCGGCUUGUUGUAACUGGAUUCUCCUUUUGUUUUGGGAUUGCCUGUUGGUUCUCAGCACUGAGGUCUGUGGAUCUGCAUGAGACUGGAAAACUGCAACACCAACUCGCUGUGGACUUGGAUGAAAACAUCAACAUCCAGUGGAAAAAACACGGUUACCCCUUUAUUGGGUCAUUGGUCUACUCAGUCAAAGAGAUGGAGUACAUUGCACGGAUAAUUGACAGAACUGGAGGAGAGAAAAACACGGUCAUUGUCAUUUCUCUGGGUCAGCAUUUCAGACCUUUCCCCAUUGACCUUUUCAUCCGAAGGGCCCUCAAUGUCCACAAAGCUCUUCAGCGUCUUCUCCUGAGAAGCCCAGACACUAUGGUUAUCAUCAAAACAGAAAACAUCAGGGAGAUGAGCAGUGAUGUGGAAAGACUAGCUGACUUCCAUGGUUACACCCAGUACCUUGCCUUAAAAGAUAUUUUCCAGGAUCUCAAUGUGGGUGUCAUUGAUGCCUGGGAUAUGACAAUUGCAUAUGGCACAAAUGAUGUCCAUCCACCACAGCAUGUGGUUGGAAGUCAAAUUAAUAUAUUCUUAAAUUAUAUUUGCUAGCAAACACAUAACUCUGAAAGUCACUCAUUGAAGUUCAAAGAUGCAGUGAAUUCUGCUGGCGUGUCAGGUACCAGGUACCAGGAUGUCCUAGUUAGUCCAAAGAGUUAGUCUGCACUGUGGUCCAUGUGAUCCACCCAGUUCAGCCUGACAAGGCCCUAGACUGGGCUUCUGCUUCAAGUUGAAGCUCAAAAGAAUCAAUGAAUGGUCCUCCCUUUUUUGAUCAGGUCCUCUCUUUUCUGAUCAGAGCCACACUGCUCUUCAUCAAUUGGAAGUUAGGACUCCCUUGGCUGAGACCUUCUCCCUGUUGCUGUGAGUCCAGGAACAUGAAGUAAUUUUGUAUAAAAUGUUUAAAGGUUUUGAUUCAAUCUUUAAAUAUUUUUGUGGAGACUUUUUACAUCCAUGUUCAUCAGGGAAAUUGUUCUGUACUUUUUUCUUGGUUGUGUCUCAAAGUUUGACAUCAGGACAAUACAUACUUCAGAGAAAG